GCAGGGUCACUGCUAUUUCUGCCAAAGGGGAGAGGUAAUUAUAGCUCAGCUUCUGCCAGCUGGCCAAGCUCUGCACCCUGCCGAGGGGCCUGGGGCGGGGACGCCGGCUGGCCACAGACGGGCCCCACAGGCCACCGGCAGCAGCUCCAGACCCCAGCAGCAAGAGGCUGGACAGGCCCAGGACCGCCUCUCCGGGGACCCCGAGGUCGGGCCAGCACUGCACUGAGCCGCUCUCGCCGGAGGACGCCGCAGAGCCUGGCUUCACGGCCCCGGAGGAGCCAGGACCAUGUUCCAAUAAAUGAGGACUGCAGGGCGAGCCUUGAGCCCGGACUCCCAGCCGGAGACGCGACAUCACACCAGGAAGAAUGAAAGGGCCACUCCAAGCUCGCUGAUACCCAGCGUGGAGAGGGAGGGCGACAGGAGGUGCCGCCCCUCCAUCCUGAGGCGGAGCCGGCCGGAGCACGGCGGCCACGGGGCCGAACCACAGAAGACCUCGAGGCGUGUGCGGUUCCGGGAGCCCCUGGAGGUGGCCGUCCACUAUAUUGCCAGCAGGGAGCCCACCACAACCACCACCAGGGCGCCCCGCCGGCCCAGGCCCCGAGGCAGCUCCCUGCUCCUGCGGCUGUCCGUGUGUGUCCUGCUGGUGCUGGUGCUGGGUCUGUACUGUGGUCGAGCCAAGCCCGUGGCGCUGGCCCUUGAGGACCUCCGGGCCCGGCUCCUGGUCCUCGCCCUGCGCCUCAGGCACACGGCCCUCACCUGCUGGCGCUGCCUCCUACAGCUCUGAUGGCGGCUGGACGCUCCCCUCUACCCUGUGCAGGGCAGGAGGCGGGAGAACCAGGUCAGGUCGGAGGGCUUCCAGCCCACUCUGCAGCAGCAUGUGGCCCCGCCCCCUCCAAUCAGGGCCCCUCUUGCUGCAUCUGUCGGGGUCCACUGUGAGGUUUUAUUAGAAAGAGAAUUCCACACACACUUCGGCCCCCCGAGAGACCCCCAGACCCUCCCUCACCCCCAUGGGAACCCUCCAUACCCUUGGGCCAGGCCUGGAUGUGGCCACGCGGAGCCCCUUGAAGACAGGGACAGGCCGUGUAUCUGUGGGGUCCCUCGGAGGUGACACUGGCCUUUGCUGCUUUGGGCUUGCGGGGCCUGGACCUCGAAACCCCGUUGAAACAGGCGGUCUGGCUGUCAGGGUGGGGCCCUCCCUUCUGAAACUGCACACAGGGCAGGGGGCCUGGCAUCUCCCCUUGUUGGUGGUGUUGGGGCACUAACCUCUGAGCCCAAGUCUGACUGCUCCCUGGGACCCCAAGGCCUCAGGGACCCUCCUGUGUCCCCGGGGGGAAAUAUGUGUUGCCCUUCCCAGAUGUCCACCUGGGAGGGGCUGAGAGGGAGCUCGCUCCACCCGGACCCCGCCACCUUCAGAGCGCAGCUGUCUGUGCCUGGACCCCAGGCUGCACCGCACACCAGCUGCAGGGCCUCUGCGUCCCACGACUGUGUGCAGACAGCGUGCCACCGCUGGCGUGGCAAGGCCAUGCGGAGAUGUGGCGACAAACUGCAGGAGCCCCCCGGACCCUGCAUGGAGGGGGACGCCUGAACAAAGCAGGGAGGCCCAUGGGCAGACACCAGGAGGGACUGCCAGGAAGACGCCAUCUCCCCCAGCCAUCUGCAGACAAAUGCCUGCGGGAUGGCCAGGGCUGUGCUGCCCCCUCCCGGGGUUAUACCCUGCACACCCGUCCCCACUACCGAAGUGGGGUCACACUGAUUUUCUAUUAAAACACACUGCCACCCUUUUUAUUAGUCUGGGGGGUUUUACCCAAGGGACGGAUAUAGGGACCAAUUUUCUCAGCUAAAGCAGAGGCGGGGUCACAGGGGAGCCUUCCCUUCUGGGCCUCAGUGGCUGGGGUGGUGCUUUCCAGGGUUCGGGGUUUGGGAAACCCCAAGCGGGGAGCCCAGUGGAGAGGAGGGGGCCUGUCACCAGGAGCUGCAGCCUCCAGGGGGCCCUGAUGGGAGGGUCCAGGCCCCGGCCCUCGAGGACCCUCCAGCUGGUUCUAGCGUGACCAGGGUGGUGACCGCCACCUCCGGCAUCCGCCCAGCCCUCCCCGGGGACCCCACCUCAUCUCACCCCCACCCCCUGAAGAGGACAGGCAGGUUACUGUCCCAUAUUCGACGGGGAAACUGAGGCUCGGAGAGGUUGGGUCAUGUGCCCGAACCCGUGGUGCAGGCGCAGGCCUCGGGCUCAGCCCCGUCCAGCCCUGGCCCCGUCUUGGGGAAGCCCUGCCCCAGGGCUCUCAGCCAAGGGCCGGUCUCUGCAAAGACUCCCGGCUCUGGAGGGUCCGCAGACACGAGCCUUGGCUUCAGGCAAGAUGCUGCUCGGCAGGUGCGCCACGACCCGACACGUCCAUCCUCGCGCCAGGGGGCCGCGGCGGGAACGGAGCCCCCGGAACAUGCGCACACGUGAGGGCACCGCCACGGGAAGGCCCGGCCCGGAU